AUGAACUCUUUCUCGUCUCCUCCUGGCAGGGUCCUAGGAGCUGUUGUCGCCUUCCUGCUCUGGGGGCAGCUGUUUGCUGCGGACACGGGAAAUGAAGUCACAGAUGCAGCAGAUGACAUCUGCCCCAAACCCCCUAUGAUUGCAAAUGGCUAUGUGGAGCAUGCAGUGCACUAUGGAUGCCAGGAGUACUACCAGCUGCGCAGUGAAGGAGAUGGAGUUUACACCUUAGACGGAGAGAAGCGCUGGGUCAAUAAGGUUGUUGGAGAGAAACUUCCUGAGUGUGAAGCAGUGUGUGGGAAGCCGAAGAAUCCUGUGACCCAGGUGCAGCGGAUCCUGGGGGGAUCUGUGGAUGCCAAGGGCAGCUUUCCCUGGCAGGCCAAAAUGAUCUCUCCCCACAACCUCACCUUGGGGGCCACGCUGAUCCACGAGCAGUGGCUGCUGACCACAGCCAAGAAUCUCCUCCUGGGCCAGCCUGAAGGGGUGGAGGCAAAGGACAUUGGCCCCACACUCAGACUCUACGUGGGGAGGCAGCAGCAAGUGCGGGUGGAGAAAGUGGUUCUCCACCCUGACCCCGCCAACGUGGACAUCGGCCUCAUCAAACUCAAGGAGAAGGUGCCCGUCAACGAGAGGGUGAUGCCCAUCUGCCUCCCCUCUGAAGACUACACCCAAGUGGGGCGUUUGGGCUAUGUGUCUGGCUGGGGCCGGAACACCAAUUUCAGGUAUACAGAUCAGCUCAAGUAUGUCACAUUGCCUGUGGCUGACCAGAAGAAUUGUGUGGAGCACUAUGAGGGCAGUGUUGAGCCUGAGAAGAAGGUCGCCAAGAGCCCCGUCGGGGUGCAGCCCACGCUGAAUGAACACACUUUCUGUGCUGGCCUGUCUCGGUACCAGGAAGACACCUGCAAUGGGGAUGCGGGCAGCGCCUUCGCGGUCCACGACCAGGAGAAGGACACAUGGUAUGCGGCCGGCAUCCUGAGCUUCGAUAAGAGCUGCCGGGUGGCUGAGUAUGGGGUGUACGUGAAGGUGUCCUCCUUCCUGAACUGGAUCCGAGAAACCAUGGCUGAGGCAUAG